AUGUCCACGACUUCCAUCGAGGAUCCGUUUCAACUUGCCAGUUACACCUCUUCUUCUCGUUGGAAGGGCAAGAAAUCCACCCUCGACCAUGUUUACACAAGUCAGCUGAACAGCUCGCUCAGUAAAUCGCGCAGAGAAGGUUAUGUUACUGUGUCGACUCAGGCGGAUGGAAUUCAUAUCCUAGAUGUUUCGACUUUGCAUCCAUUGGUUUCUCAUACACUCGGUCCCUCCACAUCAUUCUCGUGUCCCGCAAUUACGACGGAAACAUCGCCGAGUCAUUAUUCGACAUACGCCGUUAUUGAAUCGUCGCCUGAACUUCGUGGUGCGGACGAGGCUGGUCGAGUUAUCUGGAAAUGGACCCAACAGCCGGGAUCUGUGUCGUCUAUGACGGAUAGCCAGAAAAAGACUUCGAGGGUUGUGGUCCCGACGCCUCAACGCAUCCAUAGUUUGCACUCUGAUCCAACAUUGCCUAAACGUAUUCUCGCUUUGACGACCACCGCAACGCUUCUGGUGCUCGAUGCUGAAACCUUGGAAGAGAAAGCAAAAACGGAAGGUUCAUCCGAAGCUUCCUCGGAUGCCCUGCAAGUAUUUGUUUUCCCCAGCGGAGAAUGCUCGUUGUCCCCGUCUACGGGGGUUACAGUCGCUAUUGCUUCAUCCACCGAGGCUUCCUUUUUCCUGAGGAUACUAUCUAUCGACGAAGGCGACGCGUUUACAGUGGUUGGAGACUUUGAGUUCUCACACAAGCACGAGCAAAUCGCCGGAGUUUCCUUCAGCAAUUCCGGUUGCUUGAGCAUACUGAGCAAGGAUGGGGAAUGGCAUGCUUAUGCGCUUGCAUCUUCUGACAACAACUCAUCUACAACACCCGCAAGACCGCGUCCUCUCGCCACGCCUCUAAGGCUGAAUAACUUUAAUUUCCCCGCAUCAAAGGCCACCAAAAGCUCAGCAAAAGCAACCUCUCCUCUUUCUAUCGUCGCCCUAACAUCCUCGCACGUCCUUCUCGCCGCCACUUCUCCAUCAUCAUCCGAUAUCCACAUCCAAGUCUGGGACCUCCAGUAUUCCGUUCUGCUAGCGACGCACACUCUCCCAGUUCCCACUGCUUUCGCUUCAACACCCUUGAAUCUACGAUUUGGCACCCAUCGCCCUGUAUUGCCUUCGUCCUCGUCCCCGCUUAGCAUUGUCUACGGCCAGGCAGUACUGGUUCUCUCGCCAGCGUCCUCGUCGAAACAAGAAAGCUCGGCGCAAAACGUCACUUCCAGUGUACUUGUGGUCCCCUACGCUGUUGCUGCCCAAUCGACGAUUGCUGCUGCCCUCGGCCGUGCGGGUGUUACGAAGCAAUGGCUCAAACCAGUGGGAGACUCCGCCACCUCUGGACAGGGGAAAACACCAGCGGACUCGGCCAAGUCCAAAAUGCUGAAUGCCGUUCGAACAGCCUUGGAAGGAGGGAGAACCAAGACUGCAGAGAGCACUUUCUCGUCGUGGCUCACUGAAGCCGAGGCAGCCGCCAAGGCAUCGAGCAAGAGCGAAGAGAAGGCCUCGACACCUCCUGCUCCCGUUUUCGCGUAUGGCUUCGUCAAGGAGAUUGUGGAUCUUGUUUUGCCCCCUUUGAAGUCGACAGGGAAAGCGCCCUAUCAACACUCUGCUGAAAUCCUGAAAUCACUGUUGGAGAGGAAUCUCGUCUCCAAUGGUAUGGUGGAGGGGGGUAUCUUACCUGCUCUGCGAGCCAGAAACGAUUGGGCAUGUUCUCACCGCUUCCAUUUAAGUUCUCUGUCGCUCUCCUCCGUCAACGACCUUCCUAUCGGCGAUAUCGUGGAUUGCCUAGUCUCCGUCACCCAACAUCAUCGUAACAAAGCCGCCUCGGACUCGAUGGACGUUGACUCUGAACCAUCGACACCGACACUCCCUGUAUUCCUCGCCCUUGUCAUCAACUACGUCCACACGACCACUCCCAGCCAAAUAAUUAUCGCCUUGAAGCGCCAUCUCCGCGAUUCAGAAGAUGUAGCUGCUGUAGCGCAGACUCUGGUUACUUGGAUCAGGGCUUUGGUGCAACAGAGAAAGAAUACUGAUCUUGGAGUUUGGCCGAGCAACAAGGAUAUGGAACAGAAUGAGCACGGUGUUUUGGUUUAUAAUCCUCAGAGCAGGGAUAAGAGGAUGGUCAAGAACGCCGCAAAGAAGGCUGGAGGACCGCCCGUAUUCGAGAGGGUUAUCGCAUUCCUUCAACCUUUCCUCGACGCAUGCUUCCUCCCUCUCCUCCAACACCCACCAUCACAUCCUCUGCUGCACGAACUCCAAAAUUCCCUCAUCGAAGAAUCCGCCCUGUCUGAACUCCUCUUGCAACUUCAAGGUUCAUUAGAGCCCUUUAGCGUAUCACAUCAAAAAGCACUGCGCGAAGCAGCGAUUCCACAACGAGAGAGGGAGAAGCAGAGGCAAAAGGGCGAUUGGAGAGCGAGGAGGGGCGGUGCGGCUGGUGUUAUUGGCAAUGUUGGUACUGUUGGGGUGUAUCAAUUGGAGGAGCUGGCAUUUUAA